UCUUCCUCCCCAGGGUUUAAGGUCUCUCUCUGUGACUCUGUCUUUCGUUCUCCACUUCGAAGUAACUGCACAAACUCAUGGCGAAUAACCUGAGAGAAACCGAAGAAACAAACAUAUUAACCCAGGAAAACCAAGAAGAAGAAGAAGAUGAUGAUGACGAUAGUAAGGAACCUUGGACCGAAGAAGAAAAUGAAGAUGAUGAUGAAAACGGCGAAGAGUCAGAGUUUCUGUGUUUGUUCUGUGACUCCAAGUACGGUUCUUGCGAUGCCCUGUUCGAGCACUGUCGUUUAACUCAUUUCUUCGACUUUAAUGGAAUCAGAAAAGAAUUGGGUUUGGAUUUUUACGGUUCCUUCAAGCUCAUCAAUUAUGUUCGCUCUCAGGUAGCAAAUAAUAGAUGUUGGAGUUGUGGGGUCCACUGUCAGUCCAAGCAAGAUCUACAGAGUCAUUUACAUCAAUCUGUCAAUUCUAAAGAUUUUAAGCUUCUUUUGGAUGAUGACAAAUAUUUAAAUCCUUUCAUGCAAGAAGAUUCACUUUUAUACAGUUUUGGUGGAGAUGAAGAAGGUGAAAAUGACUACAACACAUCAUUUGAUGAAGAGGAGAUUGUGAGGGAUUUCGGUAAUGUUUGUAUUGAUGAUGAUGUUAUUGCAGAAGAGAUUGAGUUGAAUGCUGAGACCUCUAACAAAGAUAGAAAUAAAGCUGUUAUGAUUGAUUCUAAUGGUCAUUUGAGCUUGGCAAGUUCUUCGAAGAGGAUUGCAGAAAAUGGAAUGGAUUAUGGAGAAAGUGUUAGAUCAUGUGACAGUAAUCCAAAGGAUAAGCAUUCAAGAGUUUAUAUUGCGGAUGUUGUUGAAAAGGAUAUCAAAAAGGUCAAUGAGAGUUAUUUUGGGUCGUACAGUUCGUUUGGAAUCCAUAGGGAGAUGAUAAGUGACAAGGUAAGAACUGAUGCUUAUAGGGAAGCUUUACUGAAAAAUCCUUCUCUCCUGAAUGGUGCAGUUGUGAUGGAUGUAGGUUGUGGGACUGGCAUACUAAGUCUCUUUGCAGCCCAAGGAGGAGCCUCAAGGGUAAUUGCCAUUGAAGCUAGCGAGAAGAUGUCUACAGUGGCAACUCAGAUUGCAAAAGACAAUGGCCUUUGGCGGAAUAAAACUGACAUUGAAGGUAAUAACAACUGCACUGGUGUAAUUGAAGUGGUUCAGAAUAUGGUUGAGAAUCUUGAUAAAUCCAUACAAAUCCAACCUCAUAGUGUUGACGUACUAGUAAGUGAAUGGAUGGGAUACUGCCUCCUAUAUGAGUCCAUGCUCAGCUCAGUGCUCUUUGCAAGAGAUUGGUGGUUGAAGCCUGGAGGUGCAAUACUUCCUGAUACAGCAACUAUUUUUGUUGCAGGAUUUGGAAAGGGUGGUACCAGUCUUCCGUUCUGGGAAAAUGUUUAUGGCUUCAAUAUGUCUUCUAUUGGAAAGGAAGUUGUUGAAGAUGCUGCUAAAUUUCCUAUUGUUGACAUUGUUAAUCAUCAUGAUCUAGUAACAAAUGCUGCAUUACUCCAGAGCUUUGACCUUGCCACUAUGAAGCCUGAUGAAGUAGAUUUCACUGCAAUUACUGAGUUGGAAGCAAAGUUGGAUAGUCUGGCAAGUAACCGAAUUGAUUUAAAACAAGCAACCUCUUGUUAUGGGAUUGUCUUAUGGUUUGAGACUGGAUUCACCAGCAGGUUCUGUAAAGAAACGCCAACUGUUCUGUCUACAUCACCAUGUACUCCUAAAACCCACUGGAAACAGACAAUCCUCACUUUUCGAGAACCUAUAGCAAUGGCAUCAUGCAAGUUCACUGCUGACGGAUCUGCAGCUGUUGGAACAGAUGCCUGUCCAGCUUCAAAAAUUCUUUUGCGCAUCAGCAUUGCCCGUGCAACACAGCACCGCAGCAUUGACAUAUCCCUUGAAACUGCCGGAGUCGGCCCCAAUGGUCAGAAACGCAGUUGGCCAGUGCAGAUGUUCAAUUUAUCGUAGGAAUCCAUUAUGAAUGGAAAGGGAUGAAAUUAUUCUAGAUGACAUUUUCUAUUUAUAGCCAACACGGUCAAGUUUUGGAUGAUUGUUUUUCUUUCACUUGGUAUCAUUAAAUCUCUUUUGUUCUCCUAAGCAAUUUUUCAUCAGUGUCUUUUCAGUUACUGUUUUCUGUUGAAGAGCAUAACUUGGCUACCCUUGUAUAAAUUCAGGCUAAUGCUAGUAAUAUUGCUUCAUCAAUCUCCUGAAA